AUGGCGAAAUUAACAGUCUUAGGAAAGGCCACGACAACGAUCUCGAUGGUAAUGAUCAUGUUAAUGACGAUGAAGAUGGAUGUUUUGGUGGUUGGAGCAUCAUCGGACAACAAUGCUGUGUACAGUCCUUGUUCAGACACGCACAUAAGCAAAGGAGAUGGUUUCACAUUCGGUGUUGCAAUCUCGAGCAAAGAAGCUUUCUUCCUUGACCAAAUCCAGCUUUCACCUUGCGAUUCCCGUCUCGGCUUAGCAGCGAAGAUGGCGCAGCUCGCGCUUUUCCGACCUAAGGUAGACGAGAUCUCUCUUCUCUCCAUCGACACAAGUAAGUUUAACCCGAGUGAAGCAGGAGGAUACAUGGUUGGAUUCGCAGGCUCCAAAUACGCAGCAAGAUCUUAUCCUGUGAAGGUCGCAGAUGGAAGCAACAUAAUCACAGAUUUCACACUUGUAAUGGAGUUUCAGAAAGGAGUGUUGCAGAAUCUGUUCUGGAAGAACUUCGGAUGCGAUUCUUGCAAAGGAGGAUCUUCUUCUGUAUGUCUCAACGGGACAGAUUGCGCGGUUCCAACGUCCAAAUGCAAGGCUAAUGGUGGUGAAGCUCACUGCAACAUUGGGAUUCAGGUGGCGUUUUCCGGGACAGACAAGAACCUCGAGUCGCUGAACUCGUGGUACGAGGUAAGCAACCUGAGGCAGUACUCACUUACCGACCUCUAUGCAAAUGCUGUAAAUUCUCUAAGUGGAGGACUCUUGUAA